AUGGUCGUAGGGUCACCGGAGGUUGUGGAGGAAGGCUUUACUUCAUCCGCAUUUGAGGAGAAUUCCCCAAUCGAGCAGGUGGCCCUGACGGUGCCGGUCACCGAUGACCCCGCCCUCCCCGUGGUCACCUUCAGGGUGUGGACCCUGGGGACGCUCUCCUGCGCGCUGCUGUCCUUCCUCAACCAGUUCUUCUGGUACCGACGGGAGCCGCUCUCCAUCUCGGCGAUCGCCGCUCAGAUCGCCGUGGUGCCGCUGGGCCACCUCAUGGCGAGGGUCCUCCCCGACCGCGUCUUCUUCAAGGGGAGGCGAUGGGGAGAAUUCACACUGAAUCCGGGGCCGUUCAACGUCAAGGAGCACGUCCUCAUCACCAUCUUCGCCAACUCCGGCGCCGGCAGCGUCUACGCAAUCCACAUCGUCUCCGCAAUCAGGAUCUUCUACCGGAAGAACCUCACCUUCUUCGUCUCCCUGAUCGUAGUCUUAACGACGCAGGUGAAUCGUUGACGGUCUCAGAUCCCCUUUUUCACUUCAGCCGAAAUCGAAUAACAUUUGCCCUGUUUCUGGGGGGGUUUGAAUGCAGGUGUUGGGGUACGGAUGGGCGGGAAUAUUCCGGCGGUAUCUGGUGGAUCCGGCGGCGAUGUGGUGGCCGUUCAACCUUGUCCAGGUCUCCCUCUUCAGGUAGGAACGAUACAUCACACUCCGAACCUCCUCACUGCACAGUCUUCUCCAUCCUCACCCCCCGUUUUACAGAGCUCUCCACGAGAAGGAGGAGAGGCCGAGGGGAGCCGUGACCAGGAACCAGUUCUUCCUGAUCGCCUUCGUCUGCAGCUUCGCCUACUACGUCUUCCCCGGCUAUCUCUUCCACAUGCUGACCUCCAUCUCUUGGCUCUGCUGGGUUUUCCCGAGCUCCGUCAUGGCGCAGCAGGUGGGGUCAGGGCUGCACGGCCUUGGAAUCGGCGCCGUCGGCCUGGACUGGUCCACCGUCUCCGCCUACCUCGGCAGCCCUCUCGCCAGCCCCUGGUUCGCAUCGGCGAACGUCGCCGCCGGAUUCGUACUCCUCGUAUACAUCAUCACCCCCAUUUCUUACUGGAACGACCUGUACAACGCGAAGACCUUCCCCAUCUUCUCCGACGGGCUGUUCACCUCCUCCGGCAAACCCUACAACAUCUCCAGCAUCAUAGAUGCCAAUUUCCAACUAGACAUCGAGGAGUACAGAAAGAACGGCCCUCUCCGUCUUAGCACCUUCUUCGCCAUGAGCUACGGCAUCGGCUUUGCAUCUCUUUCAUCCACUGUCGUCCAUGUGGUGCUAUUUCAUGGAAGGCAAGUCUCUCAGUCAGAUCCAGAUUCAAGCAAUGGAAGUCAGCUGUUUCCUCUUUCAAUUCAAACCCCAAAUGAAUCUGAUAGAAACUCUACAAUCAUGCAGCGAGAUAUGGGAGAGGAGCAAAUCAGUCUUCAGAGACAGAGAAAUGGACAUCCACACCAGACUGAUGAGAAGGUACAAGCAGGUUCCGGAGUGGUGGUUCAUCUGCAUCCUGGUGGUAACGGUCGCCCUCACCAUCUUCUCCUGCGAAUACUACAUCGAUCAGCUCCAGUUGCCGUGGUGGGGAGUCCUGCUGGCCUGCUCCGUUGCCAUCUUCUUCACCCUCCCCAUCGGCAUCCUCGCAGCGACGACAAACCAGGUGGGUUACACCCUCCCCCCAUCUGUCUGCCCGACUUAGAAAAACGCCAUUAAUGCCGUUUUCUUCACUCUGGCAGACUCCAGGACUGAACAUCAUUACAGAGUACAUCAUGGGCUACCUGUACCCCGGACGCCCCGUGGCCAACAUGUGCUUCAAGGUGUAUGGAUUCAUCAGCAUGAAGCAGGCGCUGAAAUUUCUUCAGGACUUCAAGCUCGGGCAUUACAUGAAGAUUCCUCCGAGGGCCAUGUUCAUGACCCAGGUCUAUUUCUUCUUAUUCUUAUUCCUCUUCUUCUUCUACUACUACUACUACUACCACAUCAUUAUCAUCUUAUUCUUCUACUACUAUUAUUAUAUAGUCGUCAUUCUUUUUGCUCUUCUCCUUCUACUAUUAUUACUGUUUAAUCAUCAUCAUCAUUUUUUUUGCUCUUCUACUAUUAUUACUAAUACUACUAUUAUUAAUAAUACUAUAUCAUUAUCAUCUUCUUGUUCUUCGUCUACUACUAUUAUUACUAUAUUAUUUUCUUCUUCCACCACUAUUACUACUAUUAUUAGCAGUACUAUAUUAUUAUCAUCAUCUUCUUCUAUUACUACUAGUAGUAUUAUUAAUACUAUAUCAUCAUCUUCUUCUUCUUACUGAGAGUGCCCAUUAUGGUUGUGAUUGGGCAGGUCGUGGGGACCCUGCUGUCGGUUGCGGCGCACCUGGGGACGGCGUGGUGGCUAAUGGAGACCGUCCCCAGCAUCUGCGACAGGACGGAGCUGCCACCAGACAGCCCCUGGACCUGCCCCGGCGACCACGUCUUCUACGACGCCUCCGUCGUGUGGGGCCUGGUGGGCCCCCGCCGGAUCUUCGGCGACCUCGGCCCUUACUCCGCCAUCAACUGGUUCUUCCUCAUCGGCGCCGCCGCCCCUCUCCUCGUCUGGCUCGCCCAUAAAGCCUUCCCCGAGCGGCGCUGGAUACGCCUCAUCAUCUCCCCCGUCGUGAUCGGCGGCAUGGUGGACAUGCCGCCGGCGACCGCCGUCAAUUACACCACCUGGGUCCUCGUGGGCUUCCUCUUCGGCUUCGUCAUCUACAGGCGCCGCCGCGAGUGGUGGCGCCGCCAUAACUACCUUCUCUCCGGCGCGCUGGACGCCGGCUUAUCGUUCAUGGCGGUCCUCCUCUACGCCUGCCUGGAGAUUAAGGGCACCAAGAUCUCCUGGUGGGGGAACCGCCCCGACGGCUGUCCGCUCGCCUCCUGCCCCACCGCCAAAGGUAUGGUCCACGACCACUGCCCCAUUUCAUGA